GUCCCGGUCUUGGGGAUGAGUUUUGAUUUUGUGUGAUUUUGUCCUUUGUCCUUGCAGGCUGUCUUUUUGUGUGUCGUUUGUAAGGCUUUUCCUUCUCCGCGGUGUUUAGAUGUGUUUUGAUUUGGUGUGAGUGGGUGUCGUUUGUGUGUGUGUUGCCUUAGGGAAUUUCGUGUGGUGUGUGCUUUGUUUCCCUCGAUUUGGAUUUUAUUUUUUUGAGCUGUACGUUUUGAUGGGGGCUGGGGUUAUGUUUUCAUGUGUUGGCUUUAGUUUUUGUGUUUGUGAGAUGCUUUGGUGAGAGUUUGCAUGUGUAUUUUGGCUUUUGUGGGGCUUUGGGAUUAGGGAGGGGACAUCAGCCACUACUCCGUUCCUGCCCACACCCAUGAAGGGCAGAGGAUCAGGCCAAGCAUCACGAAUCGUGGGUUCGCCGUGCUCCGCCGCAUCGGGCUCUGGACGCUCGAGACCAGAGGGAAACAAAAGUGGUUCCCGAGGGGGCGCCCGCUGGUCGUCAAAACCUCGCGGGCCCGGAGGCGCCGGUGCUGGGUCAGAAUCACAGAGCCCCCCUCGCGGGGUACCGUGGCCCAGCCGCCGUCCCCUUGCCCACCCCGUCCCCUGUGAGUCGGUCUCCCCUUGCGCCUGGACAACGUGCUUCGGACCGUCCGGACUCCCGCAGCGUUGGCCCAAGGGGCGGGUCCCUGCAGCGGAGCAGGUGACGAACCACUUCGGAGGACACGGAAUUGACGCUGUGGCCCUAGAGAUACGGGACAAGGGGCCGGAACGCGGGGAGUCUAGGCUCAGAUGGGCGUCGGGAUCCCGGGAAAAUCCCCCAUCUCCCUUGACCGCAGCCCUAGAAUCCCAGAAACCCAACUCCGCGCAGCUUUCGGUUUGGAGAGCCCGCCCUGGUUUGCAAGCACAGAUACAUGUGCCCACACCCGAACACACGCAGACACCGCCAGAGAGCGAGACAGCGAGCGGGCGCCUCAGUAGCAGUGGCCUGUGGGGCGGAACCGGCGCUGGCGCCGCCUCAAGGGGAAACCGAACUGUAGUGACCGGAAAUGUUCCGAGGACAGAAUAAGCCAUUCCUUCUGUCCACGUUGCUAGGACUUCUCCAGCUCAAUACACCUUGGUUUGUUUAAUGUUACGCGAGGGACAAGAGGAGAGGCAAAUUUAGAAGCAGAGACACAUACUGGCUCAAUUGGCGAGGAAAUACAAGCAGAGUCUAUACAGAAAGAAAUAUGGAACGGGGAGACUAGACUGUGGGGAAGGCAGAUUGGAGGCCCCGAAAAGGGGCUGGUGCGGAGGCUCCUCCAGGCCCCUGCUUGCUCUGGCAUUCUGUGAGAAGGAGAAAGCAGAAACCGAAAACAGAGAGUGACAGGAAAAGAAAAGAGACGCAGAAGGGGUUGGCCUAGGCACGCUGCGAGCUUCCCUCCAGCUAAGACGCUGAGGGCAAGGGAGGGGGAGGCCGACGUUGCCAGGCGAGGGGCCAAGGUCGGGCUCUUUAACUCAGCCAGGAAACAUCGUGGGGGGCUCCAGGGCUUGUGGAGCCCGAACUGGAGCUCAGUUCCGGCCCGGUGCCCCUCUUCCCUAGACGCCUAGCCCGGAAUCUAGCAAAGGCUGGGCCAUCGCAGUCCGCCGCUGGGCCUCCCUCUGUGCGAGUCCUGGGAGAAGCCGCAGGGAAAGACUCUGGCACUGGGGCUCGGCUCCGGAGCUCGCGCAGAGCAUGAGUGGGAGCCGACAUCCAGGCAGGAGGCAAAGAAGAGGCCCCGCCCUAAAGCUAAGGGCCCAGUUCUUCGAGAGCCUGUGGCCGGAGCUGGACUCACAGGAUUCGGGGUCCGCACAGCGCGCACGUGGUACCGCAUCUUCGGCAGGCGGCGCCCCCAAUGCCCAGCCCCGCCCUGCUUCGUUUGCCGGGCCUGAACGGUGUCAGCAUUGAGGGUGGACGCCGAGUCGCGGCGAGUUGGUCCCUUGCGGUAUAAACUUGGGUCUUGCCUAGGGGCGGUGCCGGGAUGGAUGGGGGCGCCUCUCCAACUGCAACUUCCCCAGCGCAGAACGCAAAAAGCGCACUUCGCGGGCCAGCAGCCGCCUUGGGGUUUCAGGCGGCGCCCGCGGCAGAAAGGAGCUGAGGAUUGGUUUGGGUCAAAACACCCAUUUCAGCUGGCAGUGGGGUCCUCUGCGUAUACAGGGCUUCCAGCUCCGGGUGCUGGCUUCCUGGGGCACCAUGUGCCAGCGACUCGCCACCCGGAGAUACUUGUGUUGCGCUAGAAUACGCGAUGGGUCUGUGUUCGGGUAACCUGGGGCUCAUGGUGGGUUGUUGCUGUUGUUGUUUUACUUUACCGCUUUUCUUGCUUUCAUUAGAAAUGUUACUGAGAGAAGCCUCAAAGAGCGCAGACCUGGGUCGUUUGGAUGGGUUCAUUUCAACUCAAAUCCAGUAAUUCAAUUCAGUUCCACGACUGGUUUCCAGCGCACAGGUACACAUGGCAGACGUCAAGUGUAUGCCGUAUGCAUAUGCACAGAGACGCUAUUUGAAGGCAACUCUUGGAGAAUUUUGAGAUAAAAUUCACUCUCCUGGAGUUACAUUCGCAAUAUAUGAAUAUGGAAAACAGGCAAUCAGUUGUAUUUAAAAUUUGCCAACACGUCCCAGCAAUCCACUCUCACCUAAGAAUCCAAAAUAGGGCAUUGAAAAGAUUUACUGGCAUUCUGGUUGUUUAACAUUGAAAACAAGUGUAAAUCAGUUCAUUUCUCUUUAUGUUUAUUUUCAAAUUUAACAAUACCAUAAUAAGUGUAAGUAAUAAAACCAUAUUUUGCUAAA